ACCGGAUUUGGCAAGGAGCUGAUCGACCAAGGCAUUCUUACACUACUGAUGCAACUCUUCCUCUACUACCGUGAAAAUAACGAUAGCAUUUGUCUGAAUACGCUGAAGAUAUUAGCGAAUAUUGCAAUGCAGGGAGAGUACUGUGCUGCGGCACUGGCACACUCUGAAUGGCUUCCAUUACUGGCAUCAAUGGUUGCUUCUGAUUCCUUCGAGGAAACGCUGAUGGCUGAGAAGAUCUGCAAUAACGGCUUGAGUGUUUUUGACAGCACAAGGAGACGAUUGAAAACUGACGUUUAUGAGCUGUACCAUUCAGACGAAGAGCCAAUAGCUGACCUCGUUCUAAUGCAUGGCAUCCGUGGCAGUGCUUGGCUUCCACAGGACAUUCAAUUUCCGAUUCGAAUAGUUGCCAUCGAUUAUGCAUCCUCGCUUGUGCGUUUUAGAGGAGUCAACGAAACCCUUAGUGCAAGGGCACAAAAAUUUACAGCACAGCUCAAAGCAGCCGGUGUGGGUGGGUUGUUGGUUAAACGGAUCUUACUGGAUGAUGCAGCAUUACUGCGCAGUACGAUUGGUAUCCUGUUCAUGGCAACACCUCAUCGAGGCAGCCCUUAUGCUAUAUAUGCACCGCUGGGACUACGUCCAUCCGAUGAUGUCAAGCUUUUGCACCAGCAGAGUGAAGUGAACAGGCAGGUAAGGCUUCCUUCUAACUUCCUGAUUUUUACCCAUCUCAUCGCAACGACUGGACAUCCCCUUUCCGCAAAAAAACUAGCUGGUGGGUUGUUGGUUAAACGAAUCUUACUGGAUGAUGCAGCAUUACUGCGCAGUACGAUUGGUAUUCUGUUCAUGGCAACACCUCAUCGAGGCAGCCCUUAUGCUAUAUAUGCACCGCUGGGACUACGUCCGUCCGAUGAUGUCAAGCUUUUGCACCAGCAGAGUGAAGUGAACAGGCAGCUUCACAAAGAUUUCCUGGGUAUCGUGGACUCAAUUCCUGUAUUAAAAUCGAUAGCAGAAACACAGAAAGCGCCACUUAUCAUGCGUCAGAAAGGUGUACUGGUUCCACCAGAGAGUGCUUUUUUGGAGCGUGGUGCGUUCUAUCACAUCAGCGAUAUACAUCACAAUAUUUGCAAGCCGUCGAGCCGAGAGCACCCUGUUUAUGGUAUUGUGCUGCAAUUCAUAAAUGAUGCUGUGCAUUAUAUUAUGAAAAAAGGAAAUGAGAGAAAUAACUAA